GUAGCACUUUUCUAGGUUAAAACAAUGAAUUCCGGCAGUAGCCCGUCGCUACAAGAUCGUAUCAAAGCUCUUAAUUUGAACAAAGUUCCAGUCAAGGCUCCAUCUAACAACAAAAAAGUUGUGUCUCCGAUAAAAGCGAAUAAUUCCGUUGCCGGGGAAUCGUCAUUUUCCAAAAAUGCUCAUAACACCCAUCUAGCGGAAAAGAAAUCACCACAAAACCCGCAACUAACACCAAGAAAACCAAGCUCAACUUUGAAGACAAGCACUCCGAUAUCACCAGUUGAAACGAAUUCCAUCACUAAAGACGUAAACAAAUAUGUUUCUACCACAGUGCAUACAAGCACUGCCAAACCCAAAGACAAUUUACUCAUCUCUAACGAGCCCACGUAUUCGUCUCCGGUUAGCCACAGAUCUUCUCUUGUGUGUCUUACAUCUGACGAACGAAUUAACCACCCAGCCGAGACUAAUAUUAGCAAUACUUUGGCAAAUAAUAGACGAAGCAUGCCAAAUUUGCUCAGCUGUGUUUCUGAGUCUUCGCUGUACUCUGAUGUACCGAAUAACAGACCUGUAGCGAGUCCAAGAAAGCUGAAUAUACCGAAAUCCGCAUCAGAAACGGCCUUGUAUUCGGAUAUACCUUCAAACAGGCCGUUGGUAGGAAAAAAUACGUUAAAAUCGAAGCAAGAAAAUGGCGUUUCAGAAACAGACGGAGAUGACAGAGCUGUCAUAGGCCCCGAUGAAAUAAAUUCGCGCUGGAAAAGAUUACGUCAAACAGUAAAAGAGCCUCACCUGCGUACGAUGGUAGAUAUGUCAUUUCUUCUUCCGUCAUCGCCUGAUGACGUCAUAACCCGAACUGGCGAUGACGUCAUAAACCAAUCUCGUAAUACGUUCAAAAGGAGCCAAUCACUCGGAGAUGAUUUGUUAUUAGCAACUGAAAGCAAGGAGUGGAAGCGACCAAGCCUCCCGGCACUGCUAGAAAAAUCAGAUUACCCAGAAAUUCCUGAUAAAGCCUACUCACCAACUGUGCCUACCGUUCCGCCUCCUGAUUACGGAUUUUCGCGGGAAUCUUCAUUUAAAUCUACCCAUUCAAGCGAAUCGAGAAUUUCAGAGAAUUAUUCCGACGUUUCUGAGUUUUCCUACGAUUCUGGUCGCCCUAGAAACUACUCUGACGUAUCUGUGACGUUUGAGGAAGGAAAUUACAUGGCAUUUGAAACGUUGUAUGACGACACAAAAGAUAACUUAUUACCCAAUGAGAGAACGCUAAUCAUCGUAAAAGGUGACAAGGAAUAUACGGGGAAACUCACUCUAGAAACGGACACGCUUCAAAGCCCAAAGAUAACGACGGACUCACCACGAUCGAUAAGUUCAUCAUCAGACGAUCGUUCGCCGGGUCAUGACCCCAGAAAAGAGAAAGGAAAAAAAUUCAAAAAGUUCGGAAAACUAACUAAAGCGGUAAAAAACAAAAUUACAAGUUCCGGAGUUACGAAAUCACCUAGCAAGCUUAUGACGUCAUCAAGGAAUAUUUCGUCAUCAAAGCACCUUUCUCCUACGUCACAAAGACAUAUGACGCACUCGGCAGCCAUGAUGACGUCACCAAGAAAAUCGCAAGUAAAACAAGAAGUGCUACAGACGAUCACUAAAAGACCUGCUUCAAUGUUCCCGGAUAUAAAAAAAUCGACAGAAGACCACGAAGAAGGAGUAUACUAUGAUCCAACAAUAGAAAAUGAAGAGGAUGAAGAUCAAGAACUUGGUGACAUUAUAACAAUCGAAGUAAUUCACGAAGAUGAUAAUGAUGACGUCAUACGUUUUAGCGAUGACGUCAUUGAGAACAAACCACUGACUUCACAACAUCGCUCUCAGUCAUUAGCAAGUCUUAACAUGGAAUUGACAGAAUCGUUCGGAAAUAAUCGCAGGUUUUCGGAUAAUAUUGGCGGGUAUAACCAGUCGCUAUCUUCAACUCCUCCCAUUCCUCCACCGAAGCACAAAUCAAUAAGAAGAAAAGCUGAACGUAAACUUGCUGAAUCAGAAUCACAUAUGACGUCAUCGAAUGGUAUGACAUCACUCAAGGGUCAGGUUAUUAAACUACGGCAGAAGAAGCAGCAAUACCAACAGGAUAGACAGGAUUGGCCAAAUGGAAGACCACCUUCAAUGCCGUCCCAGAUGCCACCAGCUCCUCCGAGACCGCUGUCAAUGCCGCCUGAUGAACCACCGCAACCAGUGAUCGGAGGUCAAGAAGGACUGUUUGAAAACGAAUACGCGGCACCAGAACUGAAACAGCAUUCACGAAACAAUGGCCCCACGAACCAGAGAUAUGACCAUAUUCAAGACGCCGAAGAAACUGCUACGAAUCCACCGCCAUUACUUCCAAGAGUCCCUGUAAGACCAAUGGCACCGCCAGCAAGUUUAAAGCCAAUUGUGCCGCCCCGGUUAGAAGAAAACCUCGAUUUUAACGACGCGAUCUAUCACACAGUUGAAGACCCAGUAAACACAGUACCAGCACCUCAUGAGUCUAACCAGUCCAAACCGGAUUUUUCUACCAUUCCGGAUACUAGUGGGAGCAUAUAUAUGGACGCAUCGCAUUUGAAAACAUCAAAACCCGAUAGAUAUCGGAUAACCGCAAGUGGUAACCGGAUGACCGACUCUACUGCGGCAUCACAGACGGAAGAAUUUAAUAAUCCAAACAAUCCGAUUUCUACGGCAGUGAAACUAUCACCGCUAUUUCCGCCACAAUCUUCGAUAAAGCCACUGAAACCGGGAAAACCAAAACCAUCCGUUAAACCGGUAAACGGAAAAAAACCAAUGACUCUAAAACCAGCCGCGGCUGCCAAACCAAACUUCAAAGAGAGAAAUGUCCUGGAAAACAAAUUGGAUUCGGAUAGUGGCAAACUUAGUGUCGGAUUUAAAAUAUCCGGAGUCAACAAUAGCGACACACCGGAUAUACCGGAUACAGAAAGCCCGCCAAUUCCUUCUCGCGAUAUAAUAAAUCCCGUGCGGCCCCCGCCACGCCCAUCGAAAGCAAAGAAAUUUCAAAACGGCUCAGAUACUCCAAAAAAUAACAAAAUUUUCCCUAAAAAUUAUGAAGAUACCGAAAUAAGCUUAAAUUCACCCAAAAUACCGGUUCGCAGUCCCGCCAUUGCUGAACUGGGUAAACUUAUAUCCAUGGGUAGCCCGCUGUCACCAAAACAUCUAAAACCCGCCCAGAAAGUUAUAAAAUCGGUCGAAACUGACACUGAUGCAUCUACAGAGCUAGUUAUUGAAAGUGCUGCUUCUCCGAUUGAUCAUGCUUCAGUAACGUCAUCAAUGACGUCACAAGGGAAUCCUGUAUCGGCUCCAAUGAGCAGCAGUGCAUCUAACAAAUCUAACUCUCCAAAAUCAGAGACGACUAUUUCAAUUAAAUCUCCAACAAGCAAAAAUCAACCUCGUAGACCAGCAAAGCGACCGACAACGGCGCCACCACCUCGCCCAGCGGGCCCUCCACCACCUCGGCCUGGUAAACCAACCAUGCAGGAAAAUAAGCCCGUUGUUACCGCAGAGAAGGCUAUUCCGCCCAGCAGACCUCCACCGCCAUCAAGCGACAAAAUAAAAGCGGCUGAGGAAAGACGGAAAUUACAAAGCAUACAGGACAACGAAGAAGAUGAAUACAACGAUUCGUCGAUAAAGCACAAUAUAGAAGAAGACAACCCGUAUGCUGACAUAGACGACGAUGCAUUUGAUGCUGCGAGAGGAAAUUUGAAGAUUCAGAAAGAUUAUAUGCCACCGCCCACAUCACGCCCCAAGAACGUCAUGAAGAAAGCAGUGCAGGGGAUCAGCGUUAUCAGUACAAUGAAAGGAAGACUUGGCCGACAGAAAAAGAAUCACGUGACAAAAAUAGCGGGAAAACAAAUACAACCCAUUGUGACCGAAAAAGGAAUUUAUAAUGAAGAUACGGAGGAAGGAGUUUACGCGGGAAUUGAUGAUGACUAUGAGUUUCCUCCAUUAAAUACUACGUGACGUAAUCAAUUGUUACGUAACAAACUGAUUCUUGAACGUCAUGAUUAACCUUGACAUCUAACAAUGACCUUGAGAUCGUAUUCCCGCCAAUAUCAACACUGAUUUCGUAAAACGUAUAAAAUGAUAAUAGUUGCCGUCAUUAUAUACCACGUGACGUACUCAAUUGUUACGCAACCAAUUUUUGAAAGUCAUGAUUGACCUUGACAUCUACAAAUAUGACCUUCGAAUCUGUCGACCACAGAAAUCGACAAUGAAUUCUUAUAAGUCAAGAAUAAUUAUGAUUUCCCGCCUUUAAUUAAUAUCACAUGGGGUUACUCAAUUAUUAUGUAAUAAACUAAUCUUUGAUACCCAAAUCUUCAAUCUGAGCAAUACGAUUUUAUCAGCUUUUUAUACAUCUGGCUGACGUGAACUCCAAGAAACAUAAAACUUUUGGACAAUACAUAAAUUUGAAAUAUCGCUGGUAGGUUGGAAAAUCUUUAGACUUAAUCUUAUUUAUGAUGUUGUUGAAUCUUACUCUAAUAUUUUUCUGCAGUUUUUCAGUAACUUUCAUAUUUAUGUAAAAUGUGUGACAUUUUCGCUCUGAACUCCCAUGCGGACCCCUGGAGGUCUGUGAUGACUGUACAUGUGGCCCGCGACGAUAUGAAAAGAGUCUGAUCGAUCUUGAAUAAUUUAUUUAAAGCCAUUCCAUCUUUUGGUGGAACGUUGCGGACAAAUAUAUAUUUCUGUCAGAAAGGGUAAUUAGAAAACUCCACAAAUGUGAGGCAGCAUUUUCAUCUCUUACCAAUUUGAUGACAAAACACAGGUCGAGAUUUGCCGUAGAGCCGGACCGAGUUUGCUUGUCACAAAUUGUUCCGAGAAUUGAUAAAUUGUGCAGUCAAAAGCAAUCUCAUUCUACACAUUAUUAUCGUUCGUGUUAUUGUCAUGUAACUCAGAGGUGUGCAAAGUGCGGCCCGCGGGCGAAUUCGGCCCGCAAGGGAUAUUGUGCGGUCCUCGGAGGCAACUAGAGAGCAGUUUAAAAAAGUUUUGGUUCCAGACUAUCAAUUGAUUUUGUCUAAAUCUAACCUAGAAUAGGAUUUGACAGAAAAUUAUUUGGAAAUGAAUCUUGGCGUAUUUUACUGAAAACAUCUCAACCAAGAUAACAAUC